GUUGCGGUCGCGUUGACAGUGCGGCGGUUUAUAUUUAUUAGCUAUUACUCAGAAUAAAAAAACAGUCAUUGUUUUUCGGGCUUAAUCGGCAAAAUGUGCGCGCCAAGCACUUACACAGCAGCAACGUCCGUUCAAUGAGCUACAGUACGGAAAAAAACACUCGCACAAAAUAAAAAAAAUCAAUUUGCAAUAUUCGUGCCGCCGCUCAGCCCGCCACCGCCACCGUUGCGCCCCUUCAUAAACACGCAGAGCAAAAGAAAAAUCUACAAAUAAAGCGAUUACUCGUUGGUGUCUCCUGGUAAAGACGAAAAUCGAUCGAUAUCUGUUACAACUAAUUGUAGUCAGUGGUGAAUUGUUUUGUUGUGUUUUUUUUUGUUGUUUUGUUUUCUGGUAGUGUUUUAACAAAGUUCGUUUCGGUUUUGGCAGUGGGGGAAGACGAGGAGUCGCGCAGACUAUAAAUCGCUUGCUCGUCGCCGGGUGUGAGGUGUGAGACGAAAAGAGAGCAGCAAAAAAAAUAGCAAGGCAUAUUUAAAAUACCGAAAAAUAUACAUACAUAUGUACAUGUACACAUACACGUGCAAUUUAAUAUAUGUGUGCAUUGAAUUCAAUAAAAAUCGCAAAUAUUAAUGAAAUUUGUUGUUGCUGCUGCAGCACGCCAAGGAAACAUUGAAUCUUUUGUGUAUAAAAAUAAACCAAACAAAUCGGCGCCGACGUUGCCACAGCUAGCAACAAGAGAACAGGCAGCGAAUUAGCAAAGAGAGCGAGAGCGAGCAUCCGCCCAGAGUUCCCCGUUCCCACAGACCCGCGCACCCAUAACGCAAACGCCUCUGCUCAUCGGGCGUCAUCGAUAUUCGUGUUGGGUUUGUUUACGCGCGGAGCGUGCAGACGAACACACCCUGUGUGCACUUCAACAAGGAGAGGUCAGUCAGCGCCCGACCCCCCUCCCGCGCUGUUAAACAUUGCGUGAGUGCAUGUCGGUUGGCGCCUUAUCGUCCAACACACAGUAACGCCUAUUGGCCGCGGACCGCUCCUGCGACGAAAAGACAAACAACACGCCAUUGCCAUUGUCAUUGCCAGUUCCUCUUCCUUGCUUAGUAGGAAGCAGCCAUUAGCGUUUUAUGUGACCAACAGCAUGAAAUGAGUGCCUCAUCAGUGUGCGAGACGGCAACGAAUUCAAGCGAAUUAUCAGCGGCAACAGCCAAGGGCAACAGUUGAACAAGAAGAAGAACAAAAAAAAUAAAUAAGAAGAGCAACUGCAGCAAAUUGUGUUGCAACGAAACGAAACGACCAAAAAAAAAAAAGAGAAAGCAAGAAAGAGUUUAGCUACAGUAAACACCAGCUAAGAGAUAAAAGUGAUUCACACAGGCACAAAAACCAAAAAAACAAUCAAAUAAAUUAAAGAAUUAAGCACAAGCAGAGUCUGGAACGCACGACCCCCCGCCCCCCGCCCCCCCCAGCCUCCAGCCCCCCGGCCGCAACCAGCCUGGAAAAAAAAAACAAGUGGCCCCAAAAACGAAAAAUAAAUAAACAAAAUACAAACAAUUGACGAGUAGAAACAUAACCUAAAAUCAAAAUAAAAUCCCACACGCACGCACAAAGAGAAGAGAAGAAAAGAAGAUAAAGGCAGUCAGUCCAGAGUACAGUGCACACUCAAUAUGAUGAACUCGACAACGAAGCAUCUGCUGCACUGCACGCUGCUCUUCACUGUGAUAAUUGCCUGCGAAGUAUUCUCCGGCGGUAUUAAGAUCGAUGAGAACUCCUUCACCCUUAUCGAUCCAUGGACUGAGUAUGGCCAAUUGGCCACCGUAUUGCUGUACUUAUUGCGUUUCCUCACCCUGCUCACCCUGCCGCAGGUGAUGUUCAAUUUCUGUGGCCUCGUCUUCUACAAUGCCUUCCCCGAGAAGGUCGUACUCAAGGGCAGCCCCCUGCUGGCCCCCUUCAUAUGCAUACGCGUGGUCACACGGGGCGAUUUCCCCGAACUAGUCAAGAUGAAUGUGUUGCGCAAUAUAAAUACAUGCCUCGAUACGGGCCUCGAGAAUUUCCUGAUUGAGGUCGUCACCGACAAGGCGGUGCAUCUGGCCCAGCAUCGGCGCAUCCGUGAGAUUGUUGUGCCCAAGGAAUAUAAGACGCGGACCGGCGCCCUCUUCAAGUCGCGCGCCCUUCAAUACUGUCUCGAGGAUACGGUGAAUGUGCUCAACGAUAACGAUUGGAUUGUCCAUCUGGACGAGGAGACUCUGCUCACCGAGAACUCGGUGCGUGGCAUUAUCAAUUUUGUUCUCGAUGGCAAGCAUCCCUUUGGCCAGGGCCUCAUCACCUAUGCCAAUGAGAACGUUGUCAACUGGCUGACAACCCUGGCGGACAGCUUUCGUGUAUCCGACGACAUGGGCAAGCUGCGCCUCCAGUUCAAGCUCUUCCACAAGCCACUCUUCAGCUGGAAGGGCAGCUAUGUGGUCACCCAGGUUGGCGCCGAGCGUUCCGUAUCGUUUGACAAUGGCAUCGAUGGCUCCGUGGCGGAGGAUUGUUUCUUUGCGAUGCGUGCCUUUAGCCAGGGCUACACGUUCAACUUCAUCGAGGGCGAGAUGUACGAGAAGUCGCCGUUCACGCUGUUGGAUCUGCUGCAGCAGCGCAAACGCUGGCUACAGGGCAUCCUGCUUGUGGUGCACUCGAAGCUGAUACCGUUCCGGCACAAGCUGCUGCUCGGAAUUAGCGUUUACUCGUGGGUAACAAUGCCGCUGUCCACAUCGAACAUCAUAUUCGCCGGCCUCUAUCCGAUACCCUGUCCCAAUUUGGUUGACUUUGUCUGCGCCUUCAUUGCGGCCAUCAAUAUCUAUAUGUAUGUGUUUGGUGUCAUCAAAUCAUUUUCACUGUACCGCUUCGGGCUGCUCAAGUUUUUGGCCUGCGUCCUCGGCGCCGUCUGUACGAUACCCGUCAAUGUGGUCAUCGAGAAUGUGGCCGUCAUUUGGGGCCUGGUUGGCCAGAAGCACAAGUUCUACGUGGUCCAGAAGGAUGUGCGUGUCCUCGAGACUGUUUAAGCGGCAGCGCACACUAAUCUAACUGUAAUUAACACAAAUGCAAAAUCAAUUAAUCAAAAUGCAAAAAACCAAAUGAAACAAAUUAAUCGCACAACAACAACAGCAACAACACCAGCAACAGCAACAACAUCAACAACAUCAUGAUCUUUUUUAUUCGUAAGCUUAAGUUGCACACACACAAACACACACACUCUCACACACACACUUAUUGUUGUUACGUUCUAAAAAAACACACAAAGAAAAAUUUACUUUGGCCGCCCUUUUGCAACACUGUUAAAAUUGCCAAAAAAAAAAAACGUUUAUAAUGCUAGAACAAAUAGUUAUAUAUAUUUAGUAUAUAUAUAUAUACACACACACACACACA